AGUAUAUUUUCUAAACAAGUGUCGCGUGUGAAGUAUAAACUAUAGAAAAAUGAGUCUAUUUAAAAAACCUAAUCGUAAAUUCAGACAACGUGAAAUUCGAAAUGAUUCAGAAGAUGAAACUGAAACAACAGAAGCAUCUGAUAAUAAAGGGAAAGUUUCUAGUAAUGAUUCAAAAAUAUCUUUUUCGAUUGAAAGUUCACGUACGGGAACUGUUUCAACUUUAUCACAUGCUGAAAACAAAGUUGAUAUUGCACCUAAAGGCACAAAAUUAUUGAGUUUCCACGAUGAAGAAGAAGAGGAAACGGAAGUCUUUAAGCUAAAAAAAUCUACUUAUAGCCGGCGUCUGGCCAAACAAAGAGAGAAGGAACGUCGGAAAAAAGAAGACAUUCCUCCUGCAAGUCCGCCUGUAAAAGAUGAGGUGCAAGAAAUUAAAGUAGUCCAGAGUACUGAUAAAAAAAGCGAAAGUAAGCCAAAAGAAACUUGGAAUGUCUUGGCUGGUAAUGAUGCCGAAGAUAUGGAAGUAGAAUCAGAUGAAGAUAAUGAGAAAGUUAAUCCUUUUAAAAAUGUAUUACAGAGUGGAGUUAUUCCUGAUGCCGCUACUAUAUAUGCUAUGAAAAAACAUCGUCAGAUGGCUAGAGAGAUGGGAGAUUUCAUUCCUGUGGAAGAUCCUGAAAAAGAAGAUGAAAGCAAAUCUCGACUUGUGCGAGAUGAUGAUAAUGAUCGCAGUGAUGAUGAAGAUGAUGAACCUUCAAGAAUAAACUUCACAGUUAAUACUGGAGCUGUGGAAAGACAGAAGAUGAGAGAAACGUUUCUCUCUCUUCAAGAAGGUUCUUCCAAUGAUCUUGAAACGGAAGAAGCAGCAGAAUUAGAACGAUGGGAAAGAGAACAAAUAAAAAAAGGUGUUGGUGUAUCACAAGUGGGUCCUCUUGAAAAUUCGCAAGGCUCUGAAGGACAGCUAUAUACAUAUCCUCAAGUCAAUGUGGAAUUAUCUUCUUAUAUUGGUGACAUUAACCAACGUAAUCAAUCGUCAGUACCAAAUCAACAAUUUCCUGUUGAACUCUUGAAAGCAAAAGAAAAGAAUUUGACGACCAAAGAUAUAAAAGCACGCUUAGAGGAAAGAUUAAAUGCUUUGAAAUCAUUGCAUAAAGCACAUAAACAAGAACUUGAAAAUUGUUCUAAAGAAAUGAUAGAAGCAGCUGAGUUGGUUAAAAAACUUGCUGAGGAAGCACCAGUGCGAGAACGUAAUUUUUCACUGUAUCAACGGUUAAGUGGGUAUGUGAGGGAUUUGGUUGAGUGUAUGGACAUGAAAUCAGCUCAUAUUGAUUUAUUAGAAGGCAGAAUGGUUGAUUUAUAUAAAAUAAGAGCUCAAAAACUAGCUGCACGUCGGCAGUUAGAUGUAAGAGAUCAGUCUGAUGAAUUUUCAACUCUUUCAAGUGAGCUGCUUAAAGGUGUUAAUGUUGAAUUUUUAAGUGAAAAGAACAAUUAUGCAGAUGAGGCAAGAUUACGUCGUGCAGCUGAAAGAGAAGGUCGGCGUAUGCGACGUAGAAAGAAGAGGGAGAGACAAAGUAUUAGUACAAGUAUCAAACAUCAAGAUGGUAUGUCCUCAGAUGAUGAAGAAUCAGAUAUAGACAUUAUACAAUUUAAAGCAUCUAGAGAGAACAUUUUAAAUGAAGCAGGAUCCAUUUUUGAGGAUGUUGUUGAAGAUUUUGGAACUCUUGAAGGUGUUAUGAUUAAUUUUGAGAAUUGGAAAUCAGCACAACUUACUUCAUAUUCUGAGGCAUAUGUCCCUCUAUGUUUGCCAAAGAUUUUUGGUGUAUUUGUUAAAUUAGCUCUUUUAGACUGGAAUCCAUUGGAAGAAAGUAGAGAAUUUGAAAAUUCAUCAUGGUACCAACAAAUCAUUCAAUAUGGUUAUGACUAUCCUGCUGAUGAAGAUGCAGAUGAUCCAGAUCUCAAUCUUUUACCAGGAAUUAUGGAAAGAAUAGUUUUGCCCAAAAUAAUGUCUUAUGUUCAAAAGGUAUGGAACCCAUUAUCAACAAGUGAAACUAUUAAACUUGUUAAUUUGGUGAAAAGUAUGCAUGAAACAUAUCCAACCAUUAAUGGAAAAAGCAAGCAACUUUUAAAUUUGUUGCAAGCUGUGACAGCAAGGAUUUAUAAAUCAUUAGAUGAUGAUAUUUUCAUACCCCUUUAUCCAAAAGAGUUGCUUGAGAAUCGAUCCCUCGGAGCAGCUGAUUUCUUCCAAAGACAAUUUUGGUCAGCUGUAAAACUUUUUCAAAACAUCCUUGCAUGGGAUGGCUUUAUUUCUGAACAACCCUUACAACAAAUGGCUUUGGGAUCUUUACUGAACCGCUACCUUAUGUUAGGUCUUCAUACUUCCAGCAUGAUGAAAGAUACUCAGGACAAAUGUAAAGUAAUAAUCAAUAGUUUACCAAAAAGUUGGCUGAAAAACAUAAAAGGUGGUUCAACACUACCUCUGUUGAAGCAAUUUUCUCUUUACCUGAUGAAAUAUGCUGAUAUUUACAGCUCAAUUUCUUCAAAGCGAGGUUUGUCAACUGAAGAAAUAAAGGAUGGUAUUAAAGAUAUUGUACAGUUACUGGUAACAAUAGAAGCAUUAGAUGAUGCUGUAUCUCUUGCAAAGAAAUAUUCUGUCAGUGCAUUUAAGAAUUGUUAAUAACUUCAUCAUUUUUUUAUAUAUAUGUGGAAAACUGAGAUCAUAAUCUCCAAAAUUAUAUGCAUUGAUUUUUUUUAUGAAAAUUUUAUUUAGACAUUGUAACAGAUAUUUUAUUUAAUCCAGAUGCUGUAAAUAUCCAUUCCAUGUGAUUAUUUCUUAUUUAAUCGUGCUUGUUAAUAUAACCUUGAAUUCAAUAUAAAAUAUUAUUUAAUUAUCUGUGCUAAAUGAUGUAUUAAACUCAUUUUUUUCAAAAUAAUUAUAAAGUCCAGUUUCUUUAUACCAUCCAUGUUUACUCAUUAUGAAAAAUUUAAAUGUUGCAUUAAAUAGAAUUUGCUUGUUUGUUUUUGUUAACUCAUUUUUAAAGUUCUAAAGGACAUUCAAUAAUAUAUAAUAAAUCAGUGGAGCUAAUUAAAAUUUAGCAUAGUUCGAAACUCUUUUUAUCCCAAUUGGAUAUGGAAACGACCAUCUUCAUGUCAAUAUCUAACUGGAAUAAAUGCUGAAACUAAGAAAUAUGAAUAUAAAUAUAUAAUUUAAAUUGAUGGUUUGUUAGUAAAUGCAGCAAAAUAAUGUUGAUGGAAUUCAAUAAUUUUCAAAGAUAAUUUGGCUUAAUUAAUCAAUAUUUCCAUUCAUUAUUUCAAGUUUAUUAAAUUACAGUCCUAGUUCAUUCUUCUUAGUUUACAUGCAAUAGGU